CACAUCUCAAGUUGUCCUACAUCACUACUCUCGAAAAAUGGAAGGCAAAAACAUCUCCACCCACCCGGAAAUCCCCGGUGAGAAGACCAAGACCGGCACCGCUCUCGUCGAGACCGCCACCGCCGCCAUCCAAGGCUUCGGUCCCAUCAACAAGAUCCACCAGCACCUUUGCGCAUUUCAUUUCUACGGGCAUGACAUGAGUCGCCAAGUGGAGGCGCACCACUUCUGCGCCCACCAGAACGAAGAGAUGCGGCAGUGCCUGAUCUACGACAGCCCCAACAAAGACGCUCGUCUCAUCGGCCUCGAAUACAUCGUCUCGGAGAAUCUCUUCAUGACCCUCCCCGACGACGAGAAGCGCAUGUGGCACUCCCACGAGUACGAAGUCAAGAGCGGCGUGCUCUUCAUGCCGGGCAUCCCGGGGGCAAUUCAGCGCCAGGAUCUCGACAAAGUGGCCAAAACCUAUGGCAAAGUCAUCCAUUUCUGGCAGGUGGACAAAGGCGAUGAUCUCCCACUGGGAAUUCCCCAGGUCAUGAUGGCGUUAACCCGAGACGGGCAGCUGUACCAGAGUCUGCAGCAGGACGUGGAGACGAGGUUCGGGGUUUCUUUUGAGAAUGAGAGGGGGAAUAGGAAGUAUAUGACGGGGCCAGAGCAUGGGAUUCAUCCGAUGGCGAAUGCGGGUGGGAAGGGGAUUAAGACGGUGCUGAGGGAGACUGAUUGUAAGCCUGUUGAUUCUGUUCCCAGGGUGUUUGUUUGAGAGAUAUGGAUGCAGUUCAGCAACUGUUUCACAGUGUUUUUUUUUGCUAUGUAUGUGUUUGUAUAGGUGGUUUAUGGUACUUUUUAUGUUGUGCUUGAAAAUGUUGCAAGGUCUGGAAUCGAUAUGCAGUGUUCUUUUGGUGAAUAUGAUGUGUGGUUGCGCCUAUCCUCUGUAAACGUAUAGGGUGUUUGUGUUAUUUCGUUUGUUUCAUUAGUAUGUUUUUUGGUCUAAAUCUAAAUGCAAGGUUCUUUUGGUUUAUAA